AUGUACCAGGAAGCAGAAGCUUCCGGCGCUCUUUUCGCAGAAGGUGAAGUUAAUGUGACGACUAAUGACCAACCAGUCGAAACUAGAGACAAAACCAAAGACCAAGAAGCUACAGAAACUGAGGCACCAAAAGGCAGAGAACCAAUUGUUUCUGGAGCUGUACCAGUAGCUUCCGAAGCUUCUGAGAUCCAGGUUCCAGAAACUUCCAACCCAGAAGCUACUCUUGUGAGGCUAACAUUCCAGCUCCUGAAGCUGCAAAAAUAG